UUUUUUCCUCGUCGUCCCCAAACGAGCAAUACGACUUGGACGGGCCUGUUCACGGUGACGGGCGUAAAGUGCACCGACUGCUGUUCCCUUGCGUGAACCAAACAGCAGCUCAUACAUUCAGCGACAUCCCCUGAGCUGAAUGUUGAAAACAACAUCUUCUUGAUUUUUGCCUUUUGCCUUUUGCUGAUCGCGUGCGUCAACGAGAAAUAUAAAGCAGCACACACACACACUGAAUAUUAGCCCACCAGUUGAUGGGCGCGUCCAGAUGGGUCGCCUCCGGUAUGGCGUCGCCACGACGCUCGACGGCUUCAUCGCCUCGCCCGACGGCUCGGCCGACUGGAUCGUCGAGGACGCAACCAUCGACUUUGACGCCCUCUUCGCCGAGCACUCGGCCUUUGUCAUGGGCCGCAAGACGUACGAGGUCAUGCUCUCGUUUGGCGACAACAACAACAACAACAACAGGAACCAUCUCACGGGCCGGCCCAGGGAGAGCGUCGUGGUCGUCAGCAGCGCCAUGAAGCAAGCCGACCACCCGCACAUCACCGUCGUGCCGGGCGCCGGCUGCGUCGACGCCGUCCGCGCGCUCAAGGCGACCGUCGAGGGCGACGUCUGGCUCAUGGGCGGCGGGAUGCUCGCCGGGCCGUGUCUCGACGCUGGGCUCGUGGACACGGUCGAGGCGGCCAUCAUGCCUGUCGUGCUGGGCGACGGCAUCAAGAUGCUGGAGGCGAGCCGUCCCCGCGGCGGAGGAGCUCACAGGCUGCAGCUACAGCACGUGGAGCGCCUAGAACCCAGUGGCAUCAUCCUCACAAAGUACAACGUCGUGGUCGUCUCGGGCGAAGAGAAGAAGCAGCAGCAGCAGCAGCGGGAGUGAUGGUUGCAUUGACAUGGAACAGGCACGACGCGUCGACGACAUCAUUGGCAUUUAGGGUG